CUCUUCGGAGCGCCGCGGUGGGGCCAGCACCCUGCAGCCCCUGCCCACCUCGGGCGAAUCAGUGGCCGCACCAUCACCCGGCUGCCGCCCCCCCGGCCCCUGUUCGGCAAGAUGUCAGUGAAGGAGGGUGCCCAGCGCAAAUGGGCGGCACUGAAGGAGAAGCUGGGGCCACAGGAGUCAGACCCCACCGAGGCCAACCUGGAGAGUGCCGACCCUGAGCUGUGCAUCCGGCUGCUCCAGAUACCCUCUGUGGUCAACUACUCGGGUCUGCGCAAGCGUCUGGAGAGCAGCGAUGGCAGCUGGAUGGUGCAGUUCCUGGAGCAGAGUGGCCUGGAUCUGCUGCUGGAGGCACUGGCACGGCUGUCGGGCCGUGGCGUGGCCCGUAUCUCAGAUGCCCUGCUGCAGCUCACCUGCAUCAGCUGUGUGCGUGCUGUCAUGAACUCACAGCAGGGCAUUGAGUACAUCCUCAGCAACCAGGGCUACGUGCGCCAGCUGUCCCAGGCCCUAGACACAUCCAAUGUGAUGGUCAAGAAGCAGGUGUUUGAACUGCUGGCCGCCCUGUGCAUCUACUCACCUGAGGGCCAUGGGCUGACAUUGGAUGCCCUGGACCAUUACAAGACCGUGUGCAACCAGCAGUACCGCUUCAGUGUCAUCAUGAAUGAACUGUCGGACAGUGACAAUGUGCCCUAUGUUGUCACCCUGCUUAGCGUGAUCAAUGCCAUCAUCCUGGGCCCCGAGGACCUCCGAACCCGCACCCAGCUGCGGAGCGAGUUCAUAGGGCUCCAACUGCUGGACAUUCUGACCCGGCUGCGGGAUCUGGAAGACGCUGACCUGCUGAUCCAGCUGGAGGCCUUCGAGGAGGCCAAGGCUGAGGAUGAGGAGGAGCUGCAGCGCAUCUGUGAUGGUGUCAACAUGAACAGCCACCAGGAGGUCUUUGCCUCCCUGUUUCACAAGGUGAGCUGCUCCCCAGCUUCAGCUCAGCUGCUGUCAGUGCUGCAGGGCCUCCUGCACUUAGAGCCUGCUGGCCGCUCCGGUCAGCUGCUCUGGGAGGCCCUGGAGAGCCUAGUGAACCGGGCUGUACUCCUGGCCAGUGAUGCCCAGGAGUGCACCCUGGAGGAGGUGGUGGAGCGACUGCUAUCUGUCAAAGGGCGGCCCCGACCAAGCUCCCUGGACAAAGCCCACAAGAGUGUCCAAGCCAACCUAGGCCAAAGUCAGAGGGACAGUUCUCAAAACACAGCUGCCCUCACAGCUGCCAUGGAGGACCAGCAGCCAACACUGGCUUCUGCCUGCCAACAUGUGAUCAACAUCCAGAGCUCCAGUGUCAAAAUGGCUCCACAGCCAACUGCACCCAGCCCACCCCCACCUGCACCACCACUCCGCUCCACUGCUGGGCCCCCUCCAUCCCCACCUCCCCUGCCAGGCAUGGGAGCCACAUUCCCUUCAGCACCCCCUCCACCUCCACCCCCACCCCCACCCCUGCCAGGCCCUGGAGCCGCGAAUCUACCAGUAUCCCCUCCAUCCCCACCACCCCUGCCCGGCUCCUUCCGCACCCUGCCCCCACCCCCUCCACCACUCCCAGGCAUGGGAUGCCCACCUCCUCCACCUCCCCUACCACCAGGAAUAGGGUGGGGACCCCCUCCACCUCCCCCUCUGCCUGGCACCUCCCUCCCCCCUGUGGCGGGUGGUGUGGAGGAGAUCAUUGUGGCCCAAGUGGACCACGGCCUGGGCUCAGCCUGGGUCCCCAGUCACCGGCGGGUGAAUCCGCCUACGCUGCGCAUGAAGAAGCUCAACUGGCAGAAGCUGCCAUCCAAUGUGGCCCAAGAACGCAACUCCAUGUGGGCGACGCUGAGCAGCCCUGGCACUGAGGUGGUGGAGCUGGAUUUCUCCAACAUAGAGCGGCUCUUCUCCUUCCCCACGGCCAAGCCCAAGGAGCCCUCAGCUGCUCCAGCCAGGAAGGAGCCCAAGGAGGUCACUUUUCUGGACUCCAAGAAGAGCCUGAAUCUCAACAUCUUCCUGAAGCAGUUUAAGUGCUCCAAUGAGGAGGUCACUGCCAUGGUUCGGGCCGGUGACACAACCAAGUUUGACGUGGAGGUUCUCAAACAACUCUUGAAGCUCCUUCCGGAAAAGCAUGAGAUUGAGAACCUGCGUGCAUUCAAAGAAGAGCGUGCCAAGCUGGCCAAUGCCGACCAGUUCUACGUCCUCCUGCUGGACAUUCCCUGCUACCAGCUGCGAGUGGAGUGUAUGCUGCUUUGCGAAGGCACGGCCAUCGUGCUGGACAUGGUGCGGCCCAAGGCCCAGCUGUUGCUCACCGCCUGCAAGAGCCUGCUCACCAGCCACCGGCUACCCAUCUUCUGCCAGCUGAUCCUGAAAAUUGGGAAUUUCCUCAACUAUGGCAGCCACACAGGUAACGCUGACGGCUUCAAGAUCAGCACCCUGCUGAAGCUCACAGAGACCAAGUCCCAGCAGAACCGUGUGACACUACUGCAUCAUGUGCUAGAGGAAGUAGAAACAAGCCACCCAGAUCUCCUGCAGCUGCCCCAGGACCUGGAGCAGCCCGCUCAAGCAGCAGGGAUCAAUUUGGAGAUCAUCCACUCAGAGGCCAGUGCCAACUUGAAGAAGCUUCUGGAAACGGAGCGGAAGGUGUCUGCCUCUGUCCCAGAGGUGCAGGAGCAGUAUGCAGAGCGUCUUAAGGCCAGCAUCGAAGCUUCCAGGGCUCUGGAUGAGGUGUUCGAGGCCAUCGAGCAGAAGAAGCUGGAACUGGCCGACUACCUGUGUGAAGACCCCCAGAAACUGUCCCUGGAGGACACAUUCAGCACCAUGAAGACCUUCCGGGACCUCUUCACCCGUGCCCUAAAGGAAAACAAGGACCGGAAGGAGCAGAUGAUGAAGGCAGAGAGGAGGAAGCAGCAGUUGGCGGAGGAGGAGGCACGGAGGCCAAGGGGCGAGGAUGGGAAGCCUGUCAGGAAGGGGCCCGGGAGGCAGGAGGAGGUAUGUGUCAUCGAUGCGCUGCUGGCGGACAUCAGGAAAGGCUUCCAGCUGCGGAAGACAGCCCGUGGCCGGGGGGACACUGAAGGAGGCAGCAGGACAACCUCAGCAGACCCCCCGAGGGCCACAGAACCAGUGGCCACCAGUGACCCUGUACGAGGCCCAGUGAAUGGCACAGGCCACCAUGCCUCAGAGCCUGGUCCAAAUGCUGCAGCCACUGGCAAGUCACAGGACUGGGAUCUUAUAGAUGCUGUGGCCCCCAGUCCCCAGCCCUCCAAGGAGGAGGGUGGUCCCCCAGCCCUGGAGAGGUGUUCCUCCUGGUAUGUUGAUGCCAGCGAUGUCCUGGUCUCUGAGGACAGCCUGGACCCCCAGCCCUCUGAGGGGGGUUGGCCAGUGACUCUGGGAGGCUCUCGGGCCCUGCAGCCCAUCCAGUUCUCCGGAAACAAGCCCCCUGGGGAAGAGAGCUUAUGCCAGAACACUAAGGACCCUGCAGCCUUGCACAGUGUCCACCAGGCUGAAGCAGACAGCACAAGUGAGGAACCAGAGUACACAACUGUCCACGGCCGCAGUGCCAGCCUCCCUACUACAGGCCUUGGUGGUGGUGAUGAGGACGAGGAGGACACAGCCCCAGAAUCUGCCCUGGACACAUCCCUGGACAAGUCCUUCUCUGAGGAUGCAGUGACGGACUCCUCAGGGUCUGGCACCCUCCCCAGGGCCCGAGCCUGGGCUUCGAAGGGGACAAGCAAGCGAAGGAAGAAGCGCCCCUCGAGGAGCCAGGAAGGCCUCAGGCCCAGGCCCAAAGCCAGGGGAGCUCCUGCUCUGGCCUCAGCACAGCAGUAGGUGCUGGACGUGCUUCGUAGCAAGACCCCUUGGGGCCAGGCUGGGACUGAGCCCUGCGAAACUGAAACUCUGUGCCUUCCCCUUGGGCCCGCCUUGGGCAUCAGGGCUGAGCCUGGUCUGGCACCCCCUGGAUCAUCUGCACGCACACAGCCUCCUGGUCUGCUUUGUAAAUCACAACCACAACCCCGCACUGUGCGUGCCACAGAGGCGGGGCCUCCUGUCUGUGGCUGCAUUACCCCUUGGUCCUAGGGAGAUGGAGCCCUCUGUUAUGGGCCCAACUUCCUCAACCCUGCCUUCCAUCAGCUUGGCUGGUUUUUAAUUGAAAUAUGAUUCUGUCGUUAUUCUGAGGUGGCUGAGUUAGGGAUGGUGAAAAAGCAGGCUAGUGCCAUGAGCAGGCCAAGGCCCCUACCCUUGGAGUCUGGCCCCAUCGCAGCAUGCCAGACCAAGGGUGGGGCGGAGUCUGCCUCAUGGCCAUAGCUAGGCCCACCCACACUGGCCAUUUUGUCAACAGAGAAUGGCUGGCCCAGCCAGGGGGAAUCUCAGGGGACAGGAAAGGUCCUUCUGAGGGUCUAUAGGUUGACUGUAGCAGCUGCUGCCUUCCUUAGUGUCCACCCAGCAGGCAGUCUGCCCAGCCCCCUGCCCUCCAGGUGUACACUGCCAAGCCUGGAGGCCUGUGGGGGCAUUGGCCAUUAAAGAGCAGACUUAGCCUGACAUGACUGCUGGGUUCAGAGACCACAGGCGUCAGGGGAGGGGUGGGGCAGGGGCUGGACAAUGCUUGAAGGUCCUGGCUGUUCUGUUGCCGUCCCCUCACAGCACUGCAGGGUCAUGGGGGAUAGGCAAGGCGUGAACAGAAUGGGCUGAUGGAAGGGUGGGAAGUGGGUGAGUAGGCCAGAGUGUGCACUAGUGCCUGGGUAGUGGGUAGGCGAGUGGCCAGUGAGGCCUACUGCCCUGUAAAGUGGGGUAGGAGGAGCUGGUGUGGGGAAGCAUUGUGUGGGUGGUGUGUACAGAGGGUAGGGCUUGUGCCCCAUGCCAGGUCCAGGCUCUCUCCCUGGUCCACUGCACUCUUCUGGGUCUCCAGAUCCUCCAGCACCCCAUGUCUCCACCAGACAGCAGGUUGGGGCCAGAGGACAGGCACUGUCUGUCUCCCUCAGGGGGUCACCCCUGCUGCUGGCAGUGUGGGGGAGGGCAACACUGAGUGAAGGGGAAGAGUAUACAACAAAUACCUGUCACAGUUUUUUAAAGUCGGCCAAGCAUAGUGGUUCAUGCCUAUAAUCCUAGCUACUCGGGAGACAGCCGGGAAGAUUAGGAGCUCAAGGCCAGCUUAGGCAAGGUUAGCAAGGC